AAAGAGAAAAUAUGGGUCUUGGAGCAACUUUGGAGUAUAUUUCUAGUAUGAUGAAAAUUAGUCAUACAUCCAAUAAUAAGAGGAGGCAAUUUCAUACCGUAGAGCUCAAAGUUAGAAUGGAUUGUGAUGGCUGUGAGCUUAAAGUCAAGAAAACUUUGUCUUCAUUAAGUGGUGUAAAAUCAGUGGAGAUAAACAGGAAACAACAAAAGGUGACAGUAACAGGAUAUGUGGAAGCAAACAAAGUGUUAAAGAAGGCAAAAUCAACAGGGAAAAAGGCUGAGAUUUGGCCUUAUGUGCCUUACAAUUUAGUGGCUCAACCCUAUGCUGUUGCUUCUUAUGACAAGAAGGCUCCUCCUGGCUAUGUUAGAAGGGUCGAUCACAACAUGACAACAACAGAAACAAUUUCAAGAUUUGAGGAUCCUGCUUAUGUUACCAUGUUUAGUGAUGACAAUCCUAAUGCUUGCUCCAUCAUGUAAUUAGUUAAAUAAUGUUAACAGUGAUGUCUAUGUCAGUUUACACGCAGUAUAAAAUUUUGUAAGGGGGUGUUAUUAGUAUGUGGUGUUCUUUGUGUCAUUCAAUAAGGGUGUUAUUAGUACUAGCUUAUGGUGUUCGUGUCAGUCUACGCAGUAAAACUUUGUAAGGGUACUGUUAGUAUAUGGUGUUUGUAUCAAUUUGAAGCCAAGCACUAUAAAAUUGGGUAAGAAUAUUGUU